AUGGAAAAAGACUCGCACCUAAAUACACUAAUUUCAAGGCUAAAAGGUUGGUAAAAACUUAUAAAUAAGACACGAAUAUAAAAAGUUGUAUGAGGUUAUUAAUGUCCCUGUUGUUUCAACCUUAAUAGAAUACAAGUGAUUUUAUAUAGCUAUAGUACUUUUGUAUUUUGAUGGCCAAUAAAUGAAAUAGAGAUACAAAAUUUUCUUGCUUCGAUGCAAAGUGUCAACAACUGAUUCCUAUAUAAAUGUUUACCACCAUCCAAAAUAAUUCAACCAUGCACCAAAAUAAUUUCAAAGUCCAUGUAUUUCAGUUUUGACAAAAAACCUAAGCCAGAGUAAAGUGGAGUCUGAUGCAGAUUUGGACAAUAUUUGGUCGAUUGUUGAAGAACUACAGAAAAUUUCGUUCAAUAAAGAUGAACAUUGUUCAGCAUUGAUACAAAUCCAUACAUGUGCUGUCACUUUGUGGAACCUGGCAGUCGGGAUGAAGACCGAGGGAUCUGGAAAUCUAACUUUGAAUGCAAAAUGUGAGAUGCGUCCUACUUUAUUAUUUUACUCUGCCUAAACCCCAGACGAUGUUACUCUGUUAAGGAAGUUCGCUUUCCCUUAAUGUUCCUUAAUUUUAACUUAUUCUUCCACUUUCCAGCCAUUUUAUUAUUAUUACUUACAUUAUUUUUUCCAAUACAGUGAGACAUGGCUCGUGCAAUUUAGUAAGCAUUGCAAACACAGUAGAAUGCACUGAAGCAAGUCAUAAGAAACAACUGGUUGUAAGUACCUUAAAUGUGUAUAUAACAGUAAUAAGCAUGUAUUUGCUGCAAUAAGCAUCAAACUUUAUUAAUCAGACUAUCUAACCCCCAUUAACUUGCAUUGCGCCCCUGAAUGGCAAUGUUAAUGAGGCCUACUUUAUUCUUUUACUCCGUCUUAAACGCCGGUUGUUCAAAGCUGGGUUAGCUUAACCCUAGGUUAACUUAAAAUUCAAAGUAAACUUCCUGACAGCUGGUCUAUAAAUUUGGAAAUAUUUCUUCAGAUAUCUUGUCUGGAUCGAUAGGAGUUUACUUCUCUGAAGUAUUGAAAUAAACAGACGUGCAGAAAUACACAAACUAAAACAGCAGGUUAAAUUUUAACCCAGGGUUAGCGCUAACCGCUAACCCACCUUUGAACAACCGGCCCCAGACGAUUUCACUAGUCAAGGGGAGAGCGCUGGGACUCAAUGAGUUAAAUAUUAUGUUUUGUGAUGUUACUUUGAGUGCAUAUCCACACCGGGCGAGCUUGAAAAAUAUGCCCGGCCACGGUGGGAUUCGAACCUACGACCUUUGGAAUACUAGCCUACGACCUUUGGAAUAUGUGGAUAUGCACUCAGAGUAAUACUAACCUACGACCUUUGGAAUAUGUGGAUAUGCACUCAGAGUAACAUCACAAAACAUAUUAUUCACCUGAGUACACAACACCAACACAGAAAAAAAUUCAUAUUACAAGAACACAUUGGUAUUGAAGGAACUAGAUACUGUUCCGAAAUAUCACUUACUCGAACCGUCCUGACCGCGUAGCUCAGUUGGAAGAGCAUUGGGCUAGUAUUUCAAAGGUCGUAGGUUCGAAUCCCACCGUGGCCGGGCAUAUUUUUCAAGCUCGCCCGGUGUGGAUAUGCACUCAGAGUAACAUCACAAAACAUAUUAUUCACCUGAGUACACAACACCAACACAGAAAAAAAAGAGUUAAAUAUUAUUCCUGUAUUUUACUCCUAGAUGGCUACAAAGACAGGGAGAGCGUGGCUGGGCAAGUAUCUCAUUUUUAAAAACUUUAUCUUUCAAAUACAAAAGUUAUUCAAUAAAAUUCAAGUACUUUCGUUGUUUAAACAAAAUACUUUAUUUUUGAAAGAUUGUGAUAAUCCUGCUAUGGCUGAAACUUCACUUGAAUUGGCUGAAGAAGUAAGACAAAAAUGCAAGCUCCAUUUCGUCUUUCAUAUUCUAUAUCUCAUUCACUUCAUACACUAAUACUUGAUCCUUAAUUGUAGUGUUGGGAAAAUCUGAGUCGGAAGUUGAGUACAAAACAAUCUAGCCAGGAGAAACUCUUUAUCAUUGAGGAAUGUGAAAAACACAUUUUCAGAACAUAUUGCUAUCAAGCAGAAGUGGUAAGAAAAUGCAUAUCUAGUGGAUCACCUCUCCAAUACGGACAUCACCCUAAUAUGGACCCCUCUCUAAUAUAGACCCCUCUCUAAUAUGGACCCCUCUCUAAUAUGGACCCCUCUCUAAUAUGGACCCCUCUCUAAUAUGUACACCUCUCUGAUACGAACAGCUCUUUAAUAUAGCAACCUCAAUAAUACGGACCCCUCUGUAAUAUGAAAACUCUCUAAUAAAGACACCUUUUUCUAACAUGAACAGCUUCUAAUACGGACCCCUCUCUAAUACGGACCCCUCUCUAAUACGGACCCCUCUCUAAUACGGACCCCUCUCUAACACGGACCCCUCUCUAAUACGAACCCCCUCUAAUACGAAAACUCUCUAAUAUAGACACCUUUUUCUAACAUGAACAGCUUCUAAUACGGACAGCUCUCUAAUACAGACCCCUCUCUAAUACGAACCCCCUCUAAUAUAAACAUCUUUUUCUAAUAUGAACAGCUUCUAAUACGGACAGCUCUCUAAUACAGACCCCUCUCUAAUACGAACCCCCUCUAAUAUAAACAUCUUUUUCUAAUAUGAACAGCUUCUAAUACGGACCCCUUUCCAUAUUACAGACAAUUUCCAAUGUCUCCACACAAUCCAUAUUCUUUCAUAAAAACAUCCACAAAACAGACAUUUUUCUGUGUUGCUUCAGUGUUUAUUAUCCAACCGCCUUCAGGGUUUAAUAUCUUAUUUAAAAAUUUAGGCAACGGCGAAUUCCAAGUACGAGAAAGCCAAGCAAUACAUCAAUAAAGCCAAGAGUUUGUUGGGCAGACAUCCAAAAGAGGUGACGUUUCAAUGUUAUAGUUGUAGUUUAGAUUAAUAUCUAACAAAAUACGCAAAAUGUUUUCGUUAUCGUAAUUAUUUCACUACAACAUUCCUCCUUGUUUUUGUUAGAGCUGUUGUCUUGCGAUGGUUUGUUAUAAUUUUGGAGUUGAUACCUUUCAGAGACAACAUUAUGAGGAAUGUGUUGAAUGGUUAAGGUAAAGAGAGAGCACAAAUAUAGUUGCAUGCUUGAGUAAGGCCUACGAAAGUUAGCAUUGCUUCAGCAGUGUAAAGCUGGUAACUGUUGGUUUUAAAUGGAGUCAAAUUCAUGGCUGAAUGUCCCAUUCCCAACCAGAGGAUCGAGCCCAACUUCUGUGAUAAUCCUUAUUUAUGUUCUUAGAGAGAGCUAUGAGCUUGGAAAAGGAGAGUACCCUCUUGACUCAGAAAAACAGGUUUGGAAAGUCGUCUCUAAACGACUUUGAAAACGGAAUCCUGGCGUUUGAAAACCAAGUUCUGCCAUUUGAAAACCAAGUUCUGCCAUUUGAAAAGGGAGUUCUGCCAUUUGAAAAGGGAGUUUUACCAUUUGAAAACGGAGUUCUGCCAUUUGAAAACCAAGUUUUGCCAUUUGAAAAGGGAGUUCUGCAAUUUGUAAAGGGAGUUCUGCCAUUUGAAAAGGGAGUUUUACCAUUUGAAAACGUAGUUCUGCCAUUUGAAAACCAAGUUUUGCCAUUUGAAAAGGGAGUUCUGCAAUUUGUAAAGGGAGUUCUGCCAUUUGAAAGGGGAGUUUUGCCAUUUGAAAAGGGAGUUCUGCCAUUUGAAAAGGGAGUUUUGCCAUUUUAAAAGGGAGUUCUGCCAUUUGAAAAGGGAGUUCUGCCAUUUGAAAAGGGUGUUCUGCCAUUUGAAAAGGGAGUUCUGGCAUUUGAAAAGGGAGUUCUGGCAUUUGAAAAGGGAGUUUUGCCAUUUGUAAAGGGAGUUCUUGCGUUUCAAGUUUUAACCAAAACAUUCAACAAUAUUAUUUCUCAUUCUUCUAACUUCUUCUGCUUACAGGCAACAACAUUGCGGCUACUGGCAAAUGCUUAUCUGGAGUGGGAUCAUACAAAACACUGGGAUACAGCAUUGAAUGCUGUUGGUAAAGUCAAGAUUAAUUUGGUUGUCCAGCAACAUCAUAAUUUACAUCACCAUUUGAUCAUUACCAUCAUCAUACCACUAUCACCAUCGUCAUUAUAAUCUCAGCCAUUAUCAUCAAUAGCAACCACCAUCAUCAAUACCAUCAUCAAUAUCAUCACCACCAUCACCAUCAUUACAAUCACCAAUAGACAAAACGUUAUCUUCUUCUAUCCGUUUGACAUUUUGCUCGUUUGAUAUUACAUCUAAUUCCCUUCAAUAUUUUUCAGGGUUGGCAAACACUGUAAGUAUAUUGACUAGAGAAAUCCUGUGUGUUUAAAAUACUAUCCAUACGUAUUAAACACCGCCACUUAAACUACUUUAGGAGCAUUUACAUCCUGCUGGACUCUACCUCAAAGCAAAAAUUUUACUUCUUCGUGAAACGUCAUCAAAAGAGCUACAAUUCGGUCAGUGGUUUAUCUGUUAUAUUAAAUAUUAAAAAUAUACAAUUGUUGGUUUGAAGAAUCCAGCACAUAAUUAUUUUCUUUUAACAAUAGCUUUUCUAGAAUCCCUACGUCAUCAAGAACUAACGGUUGAUAUGGGUCUUAGUAUUGUGGAAUUAGCAAUUGAAUACAAAAAGUAGGUUCACUUUAAACUUAAUCUGACUAAUUUGUGUACGUGAACUGUACAGUAUACAAUCAAACAUUAUUAUUUGGCAUUCAUAGAACUCAGUUGGCAUUUGAAGGCUUGAAGCAGUUAGCAAAUGCAUUUCAAAAUACCCCAGAUUUAUCAAAGAUCCAACUUCAACAUCUGGUAUGUCUGGGACUGUUUAGAUUGAUUAUGAUUAUCAAUAACUAUACACUGUUUUAUUACAUUUCUAACACCAAGUAGCUAGUCCUCAUAUGAAUACUUUCCACUUUACUUUCAUUAAUAUCCUUUUUUUCUCUUUUUACAUUUUCUCAUUCAAAGUUUAUAUUUCCUCUAUUGAAACUUUUGCUCUGUAUUUCAGGAACUCUUGGUUCAGCACAAUCAAGAAGAAGAAGCAAAGAAUCUUGUGGAACAUUGCAUUGAAGGUUUAAUUUCUUCCCCUCAUGAUCCUUUGAUUAUUGAAGAUCAGAGAUUUUAAAGAAUAACAAUGCUUUGGUUGUUUUAGGACAUAAUACAGGUCGUCCAUUAGACCCAGAAACUAAGAAGAAAUUUCAUAACAUUAUUUGGGACAAAGCUGCCUCAAAAUGCGAGGUAAACCACUCCAGUUUUAGGAGAGUAGAACUUUAGUCUUCUAUGCUCUUUGCAUUGAUCAGUGUAAAUUACACGCCUUUAAUAGAUAUAUUCGUAGAGUAAAACUCAUGCAAAUAUUUUAAGUUCAACAUAAAGUUGACUUCAAAGUCGAAUUUCAAUCUACAGAUUCAGCAAACUGCAAGCUUUAUCAAUUCUAUCGAGUUUAACAGCUCUUGAUAAAUUUUCAAGAUCCAAUGUUUUUGUAAGGCAAGAAUAAGAAUACGCCUUUUCUUGCAGGAGAACAAGCACAGUGAAGCACUGGAAUGGUACAAUUACUCUCUAAGUUUGUUCUCUCCUGGAGAAAGACAGAGUAUCAAUGCUGGCAAACUUCAUGUAUGUGAUAUUAUUAAAGUGUUACAAAUGCUAAUUCGAGAUCUUGUACUUUAAACUUGUCGGUAUAAAGAGGCGAGAAAAAUGAACUACAAAACUAACAGAGUUCUCUUAAAAUCUCUAGCGCAACAUUUGCUCCUGUCAUAUAGCCUUGAAAGAUAUGGAAAAGGUUUAAAUCAAAAUAUCAUUGUAACUAUGUUCUAAAUAAGUUAAAUAAAAAGCAUCUUAUAAAGAUGUAUAAAUAAUACAUAAUCUUAUCCCAAUUAAAGGCAAGACAAUCAAUUACAGAAGCAGAAAGCAGUGACCAUGGAAAUCCAUUGAACUCCUAUUUCGAUUUCAAACUUGCUCUUUCCGAAAAGAACAACAGCAAAGGUAAACUUUGUCACAUAAGUUUUGGAUUCGAGAGAAUCAUCCACUUAUAACUGCGUUAGAUAUUAGGGAUCUGGGAAGAGCAGUGCAGGACAGGGUUCAAAAGAUGCGGUCGAAGGACGAUGAUGAUCAAGGCUGGAUUUUGGUGGAAAUAGUGGGGGAGGUGGAAAAAAUUUAGGGGAGGUGCAGCUGUCUAGCUCACAACCCCCAUGAAAAGUUAGGGAGAACUGGCCAAAGUCAACGACCUGACAUAUGCAUGUAGUGUACAUAUGUAUCAGUUUAUUAAUGAAUUAUGACUGUACAACUCAUCCAAUCUUGCCUUUCAUUACAAUUACUACAAGACAUUUCAAAACAUUGCAUUACAAGGGUACUUGACACAGGAUGAAUGGCUAUGACUGUUUCAAUUUUAUAGAAAAACUUUCUUACGAAGUGUAGAUCCUAAGCAACCAAAAAUGUCAAAUUUUCACUUUGAUCUAUCAUUGAAACUUCCCCAAGGGGAGGUGCAUGACGUUUGAGGGGAGGUGCAAGAAUUCUCAGGGGAGGUACAACACGAUCUCAGGGGAGGAGCGCACCUACCCACACCUCCCCUCAAAAUCCGGGCAUAAUGACGAUAACUGCAGUGAUCAUUUGUAGUAAUUUUUAUUUUGUUUUUAGCCAUCACAGCUAUGAACAAAAUGAGUGAAAAUCAUGAUAAAUUACAGAACACAGAAGGUCUUACUAUCCACGAUAUCAUUUGCUUGGCUGCACAAUUGGCUCUCGAGGUACGUCCUGGAUAUUUCUCGUAAACAUACACCAAAUGUACCAAAGACAUUAAACUGUGAUUUUGUGCUAUAUUUUAGAACAACAAUCAAGAAGUUGCAAUUCCGGCUUUAGAAAGCAUUAUUAAACAUUCCCCCGACAACAAGCAAGUGAUCACGGCAAUAAGGUAGAGUAAACUCUCAUCCUCCGCCAGGAGGUUAUGUAAGAAAUGCUUAGUUGUUUCCAGGGGCGAAACUACCAGGGUGUGUGUGUGUGUGUGUGGACACUCCCCAGUCUCUAUAUCGGGUAUAUCCAUACAAUUUCGUCGGACAAAUUUUGAAAAUAUUUGAGUGUCUCAGAUUGAAAGGGAAAGAUUUUGAUAAAUUUACGAAAAUAUUACCAAAUCAAUUUUACAUUAUUUCGAAAUAUUUUACAUAAAUUAUUUCGAAAGUUAGUGAAAAAUGCUCUUCCCGUACUACCACGCCUACUACACCACAGCAGCAACACAAUAGCAGCGCCAUACAACCCAUGUCAGGAAAAUUUUUUACCCCCUGUUCAUCCGUCGGGAACGACUUUGGCCACGCCCUUUUGGUCGGGCAAAACGAGCUCACACCCCCAGUCGUAACACCGAAGUUUCUCCCCUGGUUGUUUCUAAUUAAUAUACUCUUCUUGGAAGUAUGAUGAGAUGUUUAAAUAACGCCACAUACACGAAAACGAAGCUCUACAGGGUGUAUCAAAAUAAACGCAAUUCAUCUUUUGUGCUUAAUAACUUUCGAAAUACUAUUUCUAGUUAAACGCUUUUGGCUUACUUCAAAGCCUGUUCUUUUCUCUUUCAAACAAACUAUUAUCCUUGUCUCCAAUGCUAGUAAUAAUUGCACAGGAAAAGAUUUAGUAAAACCUAUCAUUUUUAGUUGCUGUUUCAUUAUGCAAGUUUACUAUGUUAUUGUUUAGUCGGUUUAAAUGUUAGAAUUUUCUUCGUUAAACUUUAAUGUUGUCGUCACUACAUCUGGAAAACCACGUAAGAACAAAUUAAAAGUAUUUUAAAGAUACCAGGAUGUUUGAAAAUCCUAAACGAAUGCUAAAAAUCGUCAAACCAUUCCGGUGUCUGAGCCAGAGUGUCAUCGAAUUGCGAUGUAAUGUAAUGUAAACAGAAAUUAUAGCAAGUUGAUGUCAGUCAGCUUAGAUGGUCCAAGCCAAAAUUAUAUCGCAUUUGAAGUUUCAAACUGAGUUAAAAAUAGUGGAAGAAAAGCUGUAAUUAUAUUUAUUGUUACAAUCCAUUUAAUAAAAUGCAACAUUUUUUUGUUUUAAUGAAAAAAUCAGUUAUUUUCAUGAGAACGAUUUGUUAUUCCAUCUCAAUUUUUUUAAUCUCCAAUCGCAAUAACGCAAAGUAUUAUUACCCGCGAACCAAUGAGUCAAAUUUAAGAAACAACCCACUGUUAGAAAGCUGAAUGGCUACGCUUUAAAAUGAAUGUAAACUUUAACGUUUUCGUCUAUUAUUUGUUUAGCAAUUUACAUUUCAGUCGAGGAUUGCGCUUUUUUUGAUACACCCUGUAUAGCCAAAGUGACGUGCUUUUCUGACGGGUGUAUUGCAUCAAUUAAAUGAUUUCGUCGUCAUUAUAUUUAUAUAGAUGCCUCAUUCGCUUGAAAAUGAGCUUCCUCACAGAAAAAGAGAAAAGGUAAAGUGUAACAGAUUGAUGCCACUUCAUGAGAAUACAAGAUGAAAAAUAAAUAUCACACUAUUUGUUUCAGAAAUGAUGUCAACACGACGUUGUUUUACUUGAAAACAGCUCUCGACAAGUUAGCCCAAGUCAACAAAUCAUCGUAUGGAGAACAUGCUGCAGAAUGCAUUUGGUUCAUGAAAAUUGGUAACAGUUUUAUAUUUUUGCAACCAGUGAUGGACCUAUUACCUAAUAAACAAAAUUUUGAUCUAGACAAGUCUAUACACAAUAAUUUCACCACAGCUUGAAAGAGCUUCACAAAAGUAGUAAUAUUCCGAAGUUUCGUUGCGAAAUGUUGUGAAAUGCGGAUAAUAUAGCCCUGCGAAGUUUGCAGUCAUUUUGUAUUACGCACGGGAAAUUGAUACCGCUUUCUGAAAAAAGGUAUCAAUUUCCUGUGCGUAAUACAAAAUAACUGAAAAACGGCAAACUUCGCAAGACUAUAUUAUCCGCAUUUUACAACAUUUCGCAACGAAACUUCGGAAUGUUACUAAUUUUGUGAUGCUCUUUCAAGCUGUGAUGAAAUUUUUGUCUAGACUUGUCUAGACCAAAAUUUUGUUUAUUAGGUAAUAGGUCCAUUCUAAAGCAAUGGCUACUAAGAGGGUUGUACGCAUUUUCUUUACACAGCUUGGAACUUAGCGCUGGAGAGCAAAGGCUUACAUCAAGAAAUGCAUGAACUGUUUGUACUUACAGACAAAGUAAGUAUAUAAAUCGAUAAAUACCUUCUUCAUUCUUGUCAAACUUCCAUCGUCUCCAAACUUCAUGUUUUCUAUAAUUUUAUUUCUUCAUUCCAAUAUUUUCUUUUUCAGUUUGCCAAGUUGUGUCCUCAGGAUAAGACAAGUUUGUUGAAACAGAAGUCCUCUCUCUUUAUGGCGGCCGGCUGUUGUUUAGAGAUUGCUAAAGAACAGAAAAAUAUGGAAGAGAAGGUCUAAAAUUAUUAUAUUACUGCAGAGAAGUUGUGAUGAUUUUAGUGGAAAGUACUUUAAAAUUAAAUAAAAAGAUCGAUAUCUCUCCGUUUGUUUCGACCAAAGACACCACAGUUUGCGAUAUUAUAUUGAGAGAUGCAUGAGUGCAGACAAGGAAAGGAAGCAAGCUAGACUAAAGGCUAGUUUCCACUCCGGGGAAUUAUCCGUGGAUUGGAAUGGACAAGAAAAUUUUUCUUUGUGUUAAAGUCAUUAGUUCCAACCCAGAGCUCACAAGACAAAGAAAAAUUUUCUUGUCCGUUCCAAUCCACGGAUAAUUUUCCUGAGUGGAAACUAGCCUUAAGCAGUUAAGGCCUGUUUUAUACGUCGAAUUUUGGUCGUGUCGAAUGCAAAUCAAACAAUAGAUAAUGAGAUGAUAAACCUCAUUAAGCUUCAUCAUCUAUUGUUUAAAUUGCAUUCGACGCGACCGAAAUUCGACGUAUAAAACAGACCUAAAGCUGUUUUCCACUUCAACUGUAUCGUAACGUACCGGCGUAGCAUUUUCUUUUGUGUCGAAGUCAUUAGUUCCACACUAUAUAUACCCGCUCAGGAAACAAAGAAAUACGCUACGUUUCGGUAUGACUGAUGUGGAAAACUGGCUUUAAGAAUCGACUGGAAAAGCCACUAACUUGAUACUAAUUUUUUCACGUAGAAAAAGUGUUUUAUGCAAGUGUUGGAUCAUGUCAAUGAUUGUCGGAAAAUAUUACAACUAUUGAACAAAAGUGUUAAUCAAGGUUAGUAAAACAGGAUGUGCUUUUAUUUUAAGCCUUUUUGUUUCGUGAUAGUGGAGAGGUUCAGAAUAUGCUGAUCCACUACCGCUAAUAUUAAUCAAUCAGAUGAAUUUAAUCUACCCGAUUAGCCAAUCAGAUGUGUAUUAAGCCUUAAGGAGAAGUAGCGCGAGUUAAAUCUGAACCUCUAUUAACUGUAAUGUACCGAAACAUACAUAACCUUUGUUCCAUGAAGAACGAAAUUUACGACUUUGAUAUACCCAAAAGAAAACACUACAAUACUAUGUUUCGUAUUGAUGGAAUGGAAAACAGGCAGAUGUUUUCAACAUAUAUUGGAAAUAUGCCGUGUCGAUAACGGCUUCAUAUCAAUAGAGCAGGGCCCGAUUUGGUUUCGCGUAUAUCAGUUAUUAAUUAACAACGAGAUGUCUAGUCUUUUUUAAUUAUUUUUUUUAGUUAGCUCAGACAUAAACAACGGUAGUUUUAAUAUUGUAAAAUAGUAUCUGUAUUUUACCCCCACGUGUAAGAUAUGUUUUUCUGAUAGUUCAGACGCAAGGCCAUGAACAUGCAGCUGAUUGUAGAGCCUACUACACCGGACCCCCACAUUUGGGAUGUUAAUAAAGGCAUGUUGUUUUUUCUACCUAGAUCAACAGAACACAGAUGAUGUUCCUGUCGUAUUAUCUGUGUACGAGUUCGAUGCUAAAGCGAACUUAAAUUACGAUGAUGUUGAAUGUCUACUGGAUCAAAUCUCCAAACUUCCUAAUACCGAUGGAAAAACAUUUGAAACAAUAGCGGGUAUGGAAAUUAUUUCCAACAUUCUAACGCUAGUAACAAGAUUUAACGUUAGAUCCAGCAAAGAUAAAUACUAUUAUAAUUUGAUGCUUGCAAUUUUCCAGCACUCUCAACUAAACUUCCCAACACACCAAGAAAUAUUCAAAUCACAAAGAAUGCUUUGGUAUUAGCAAUCCGAACCCAUUGCAAGAACAACUUUUCAUCCCCUGAUUAUCUCAGCUGCAGGUAUGUGUAGAAAUGAAGAAAUCAUUUUGAAAAAUAUUCCAGAUAUCCUGUGGUUCCAAUUUCCCGAUUGAUCCCAUUUCUUUGUUGCUUGCUUUACAACGUAAUGGCAAAAAUCGUGUCCAUCGCCCACAGUUAUUACUUCUUGAAAUUUUUAUGUGUUCUGGAAAUGUCAACUGACCAUAAAGUUUUCAGGAUAUGAAAGUGGAACCAUAUUUUUUAUUAGGCCUAAGCAAUCAUUCACAAACUUUUUCACACAGCAAAUCUUACCGUGGAUUGAUUGAGAUAUGUCUCAGGAAUGGAGCCAGUGGUGAUGUUGAAAGUAAAGAAGAAUCAUGGAGCUUUUUUCAAGAAGUCGCUAACCUCAUUGAGAGUGAUAGAGAGGUAUAAUACACGCGUGAAACAUGCGAGUAUAACAAUGAAUAACAUGAUCUCAGGCAUGGCUCAAUUGUCAUGUCUUCUUCGUGUCUAUUGGGAUUGUUGUAUGUCCUCCAUUUGGUUUGUCAUGUUCACAGUCAGUUCCACGAUCUGUCGUCCUCUGUUCUCCUAUCUUCAGCUCGAUGUCUCUAACCAGUUGUCCUUCUCCAUAUGUGUCCAUGCCAUCUCACCCUUGUUUCCCUCACCUUCUCUUCAAUACAUCCCCUGAUUUUCACACAUCUUAUCCCUUUGUGAAAGCCCUGUGAUCCAUCUUAACAUUUACAUCCUGUCAUUCUCAUUCGGUGUUAAUCUUUUUCGCACCGUCCAGCAUCAAACAUUUAACAACUUUCAUUUCACAAUUAAUAGUCCACAAUACCCGAGAUCGAGAUUCAAUGGUUGAUGACAAAAUCGUGGAAUACUGGAGUUCAUUUGUACGGGUAAGUAAAUGUACAAUCCACAGCGCGAAAUAACGGCUGGAGGGUCGCCGGUCAAGGUGACCAACCAACUCAAUUUUAGCUCGGAUAUACCGAAUUCCUCGCCAGUAAAGUAUACCCCUAAAAAUGUGACUAUUUUCCCAGUAUAGCAUUAUACAAAAAGCCUUACUGUAAUCAGUAAUUAAAAACUCCUUCACAUAGUCAUAAAACAGCUUGCACUGCGCUAAAAGCAUGGCCAUGCAUGGGCUUUGUGACGUACCGCGUGGGAAAGCUGGCGUACAUUGAAGUUCUUUUCCCGCAAAAUAUUCGACAACAUAUUAUGGUUCUUAAUUACAAUACUUGACAACUUUAUUUUGAUUAUUAAUUCAAAUGAAGAUUAGUUUGUUCUUUACCGAAAGUGACUGGUCAAAAAGCGCCCUGCAAUCAGUGAAAACUUUGUCAUCAAGUAUUAGGAAAUAAUCUCUCAUGCAAACUCUCGCUUCUCAACUCUCAUUCUCGUCUGGCUAGAGCUUAACUCAGUUUUUUUAUCUUCAUUCAUUAUAGUGCCGGCAAAUACCAGGCGGCAGAGAAAUGGUGCGGAAUGGGGAUGAGAUUACUGAAACAAUUGUCAGAUUUAAAACAUUUUUAUGAAACAAAGGUAUAGUUUAGCUGUUUAGGUUAUGUACAAACUUUCAUUCAUGAAAACAUAGCAAGGUGGACGUCCUUGUUUCUGAGCAGUAAAUCUUGUUUUAGAAUUUGCACCAUAUAUAAAAGCGUAAAUCUAUGGUGUGGACCAGGGCGCUUAUAUAUAUUACCAUGGCUAUUCCAGUCAAAAUCGUAAAACUUCGCUUAUAUAAGUUGUUUUAUUCUUUGUAGAUGACAGAACUAUAUUCCGAGAUACUUUUGGGAAUCGAAUCAGGAAGAACACAGAUGUUGGUGGAGGAAUAA